AUGCUCUCAACAGCACGCAACCAAUCGAUAUCAACAGCACGCAACCAAUCGAUAUCAUCGAGUUCCAGUUCACCGAACUCGCCAGGGCUAGGGAUCACAGGCGGCUAUGACGGAGACAGCCUCACAUUGAAAGUGGUUAUUGCCUUCUUUCUCGGUCUGUCCAUGUACAACGUGGUGGAGUUGCAGAUCCUGAUCUUCGGGACAUUCAACAAGUUCCGCGGCCUAUACUUUUGGAGUCUGGUGAUUUCCAGUCUCGGGAUCAUCCCCUACUCGCUGGGCUUCAUCUUCAAAUACUUUUCGAUCCUGACGGGUGGAGGGAGAUGGCUUUCCGUGUUUCUGCUUUCCAUCGGCUGGUACCCGAUGGUGACGGGCCAGGCCGUGGUCCUUUGGUCGCGUCUCCAUCUCAUCGUGACCGGUGACACAGGCGACCGAAUCCUACAAUGGACGAAAUGGAUGAUCAUCGUCAACGCCGUGGUGCUGCACGUGCCUACCACAGUCCUCACUUUCGGAUCCAACAGCCACACCGAUGCGACUGAUACCUUUGUGCGCGGAUACAAUGUGAUGGAGAAGAUCCAGAUGUGCGGCUUCUUCGUGCAAGAGGUCAUCCUGUCGUCCAUCUAUAUUGCCGAAACUGUGCGGAUCCUGCGAACUUCGAUCCAGGAGAACACAAAAAGGCUCAUGUACCAGCUGAUGGCGAUCAAUGUCCUCAUUAUUAUUAUGGACCUGGGUCUUCUGGGCCUCGAAUGUGCGUCGUUGUAUAUUCUUGAGACAACCACCAAGCCUGUUUUUUAUUCGAUCAAACUAAAACUCGAGUUUGCUAUUCUCGGCCAGCUCGUUCAGUUUGUCGGUCGUCCUCGCCAAAACAGUCAUCGCUCGUCCCUGCCUCGCUCCGAAAAGGAAAGAGAAAAGAACCGUGACAGACGUGCAACUGCUACUUCGUCGGUCUUUACUCCUCCACCACUAGCUGCUGUCAAUACAGGUAUCGGUCCUUACGGCAUGACAAACGGCCCCGACAUCUCUGAUUUUGUUGAUCUGACGAAAGUCAAUACCGAUGUCACUCGCGCCUCAAUCGCCAAUCGAAGGAGUGUCUCGACCCGACCCGACGGUCGUGAUCUUAGUUUGGACCUGGAGAUUGCGAGGAUGGAGCAUGUCGAUACCCUUCCGUCCCAGCAUUCGGGAGGUGCAAAUGGUGACUUGGUGUCACCACCGCCGAGACAGCGACAGCGCUCUGGCACUCUGGAAAAACACUAUGAGGAUGCGUGA